GUAGCCGGAAACGCAAUUGGCUCAAAGUCUGCGGGUGACGCUUGGCACUGCAUCCUUUGCGGUCGCAGAGAGAAGAGGACUCUCCGCUCCGGUUCACUCCAAAUGCCACCGGACACCGACACCGACGGCGGCCUCUGACUGGACGGACGGACAGCGGCGGUGGUGGCGUCGGAGGCACCGCGACGUACGGGACUCAGCGGGAACAUGGCGGCGGGAACAACAACCGGCUCGGUACCGUGGCGACGAUAAAUCAGAGAGGAGCAACGCGGCUGCAGGAGCAUCACUUUGCACAGACAGCUGACAGUGCGUCUACAGAGGAGAUGAGGGGAAACCUGAAGGCAGCAGCCCGUUUCUAAGGAACAACAUCAGCAACACAGCGUGCAGUAACACACACCAUGGGCUACAAGAUUCCCGGAGCCGCGAUGGACAGAGUCAGCCUACUGUGGCGUCUGAGACGUCGGGCUCGCCGUGGAGUGCUCUGCAUGGCCUUCUUCUGCAUCUCCAUGGCUCUGCUCUACGCCCUCUGCGCUGAAAACAGCGUACCCGUCACCGACGCCAUCUUCGGGGUCCGGGCACGAACCCGGGCUCAGCCUCGUGCACACUCCGUCAUCAAGGUGCUGCGAGGCGGGGCCAAGCCCAUGUACAUCGACCCUCAGAAGCUCCCGGGUGUCGUCCCAGGUGACCCUCACCGUCCAAUCCCUGUCCUAUCCUCUCCAAACCACACCCAUGAAGCUGUGGACUCGACGCCAAAGCGGAAGCCAAGAGAGCGGGAGCCUUCUGGGUUUUUGUCUCGGAUGCUGCCGCGCCCCUUCACUCGUGCCCUGGAGACCCUGUUUGGAGGUCGCCGGAAGGGGGAGCUGAGUGGCCGAGGCAGUGAUGCCGAGUUCUUCGGGCCUCAUGGCCUUUUGGGUGAAGUGUGGGAUGACGAGAUGUCCAGUAGCAUGCUGGGAAACAGACUGAGGAAGGUGGUGCAGAAUUAUCAGGCGAUGAAUAAGUACGGAGUGGAGUUCUCUGGCCCUGGCGGCGUGUCCAGCAGGCCCAAACUGAGUGGUCCCAAGCUCCUCUGCCAAAUAAAGGACACGGUAGAGGUGACGACUUUGACCGCUGACCUCCAGCCCUUUUCGUUGCUGCCCUGGGCCGCCCAGCUGCCACCGAAGCAGCUGACCUCCGACCUCGGGCCUUACAAGAGCUGCGCUGUAGUGUCGUCCGCAGGGUCGCUGCGCUACUCUGGACUGGGCAGAGAGAUAGACACCCAUGAUGCUGUGCUGCGCUUCAACGCAGCGCCCACCACCGGCUACGAGAAGGACGUCGGUUCUAAAACCACAAUCCGCCUCAUCAACUCGCAGGUGAUGGCGUCUGAUGACCAUCGUUUCCUGUCCAGUUCUCUGUACAGCUCAGGUGCUCUGGUGGCCUGGGACCCCGCCCCCUUCUCUGCUGACCUCAGUCAGUGGUACAACAGGACAGACUACCCCAUCUUCACCCAGUACCAGAGGUACAGGAGGCUUCAUCCUAUGCAGCCUUUCUACAUCCUGCAUCCUCGCUUUGAGUGGCAGGUCUGGCAACGAAUACAAGACAACAUGGCUGAGCCCAUCCAGAAGAACCCACCCUCUUCCGGCCUGCUCGGCACCGUCCUGAUGAUGUCACUGUGCGAGGUGGUCCACGUCUACGAGUUCCUGCCGUCGCGCAGGAAGACGGAGCUCUGCCAUUACUACCAGCGUUUCUUCGACGCCGCCUGCACGCUCGGUGCCUACCACCCUCUGCUGUACGAGAAGAACCUGGUCAAGCGGAUGAACCAGGGCUCCGACCGUGACAUCUAUACCCACGGACGCAUCACGCUGCCUGGGUUCAGUAAGAUGAACUGCUCCCAGGCAGCUGGAGGUGUACCCAACCACUGACUGGGAAAUACACAGAAACACACACACACACACACACACAAUGCGAAGCUGAACCCUGCAUGAAGACACGUAACGAUGAGGACAGACGCAUGAACACUUCACACUCACUGCCGAACCAAAAGUAACGCUGUACCACUCACUAUAAAUAUAACAUGUUACUAUUGUAUACACUGGAGCACACACUCACACACACACACACUCUUAUAGAUGUGCCUGCAGUUCAUACAUACAUACCCUUAUGAGGACAUUCCCUGAACUAGCCUGAAUGUCAACCCUUAAAGAGUCAUACCACUGUUUUUUGAAGGUUUUAGCAAAGUUUCCAAAGCAUACCAUCAGAUUUCAGACCAGCUCCUGCACACGGUAGAUAAUUUAUGGAAUAGCUGAACUUCAACCAGCUUUUCAUAU